AUUGAAACUCUUCACACCCUUAAAACCCUUCAACCACCCUUAUAGUUAUAUGUCACUCUAAGCCGCAGCUCCACCUAAAUUAGGGUUUCAUUUUCGUCUCCGCCGCUCCCCAGCAGACUCCAGCAACAAUGGUGGCCGCCAAGAAGACCAAGAAGACUCAUGAGAGCAUCAACAAUAGGCUCGCUCUCGUGAUGAAGAGCGGCAAGUACACGCUCGGCUACAAGACCGUGCUCAAAACCCUACGCAACUCCAAAGGUAAGUUGAUCUUGAUCUCGAACAACUGCCCGCCUUUGAGGAAAUCGGAGAUUGAGUACUAUGCCAUGCUCGCGAAAGUCGGGGUUCACCAUUAUAACGGAAACAAUGUUGACUUGGGUACUGCAUGUGGGAAGUACUUCCGCGUUUCAUGUCUCAGCAUUGUUGAUCCUGGUGACUCGGACAUCAUCAAAUCCUUGCCUGGGGAACACUGAGAAAAGAUAGAUAGUUUUAAUGAUUUAGUUGACAUUCUGGAUCCUUUUUAUCAUUUUCUAUAUUUUAUAUGUAAACAUUAUCAGAGUCCUGGAAUUGUCCUUUGGAAUUUCUCCAUGCCGUGUGUUAUGGUUCAGCUUGGUCGUGACCUAGCUGGUUUUUGACAGUCAAUGCACUUUUCUUUCUGUGGAUUCA